UCAGAAACAUAAAUGUAACUCGCAUAAUGUAGAAUGUAGAUCAGUCGUUAAUAGAUAAAGUUUGAUCAUUACAGAUCCAAGAAUACAUAACCUCACUCAAAUAUCAAACAAAUUGUAAAAGAAUUGGUGUUUACCUUGUCAAUAAAACACAAAGAUACUUGUUCGUAACGACGUAUUUUAAUUGUGAUCGCAUGGAAGUUUUCGUCAACUUUAACGUAUUACGCGAUCUUAAAUUAAUUAAGCCAAAAAGUACAGUGUCUGUGGAUAAAAGGUAGCCAUGAUCUGUCCAAGCAGCAUCCUAGCACAUUUAGCGAAAUUCUUCGUGACAGUUGCUUGCAUGAGAUCUUUCAGUAAUAAGUAUGAUAAAACAAGCACCUGGUCAUUUCAUGCCUUUCAAAUUCUACUUUCACACUCCAUACUGGGAUUACUCAGGUUUGGAGCUCCAUUUCUUACAUCAGCAACCAGUGUAGCAAGGUAUUUAAGGAUCUUCUACAAUUGGUACUCUAUGAUCGUUGAUGUUAUAUCAAUGGCAUUAUUCACUGCUGGUAUCUUACAAGGAUAUAGAAUUACUGAAAGCAUUUGGCUCACAAUAUUUUCUUUGAGCAUUUUGCCAAUAUUUUUUCAUCUACAACCAAGGCGAAAAGAAAACCAAAUACGAAGGCAUCAGUUGUUCAUGAAUGUAACUAUUACUCUCCAAUUGCUAAUGAUUAUGUUGGUCGGAUUGAGAAAUAGUAAUUACAAUGUUAUCAGUUUAGUUAUCUCCUAUAUAUUCGAAAGAUUUUUUAUUGAUGAAUUUUGUUAUUAUUAUGAUAUUCCAAGUACUGAUUUGACCCAAUAUUCUCUCUGUUUUGUAGAAAUUUUCAUGGUUUUCACUUUAAAUGAAGUAUAAAUAAUACAUUUUAUUGAAUGUAUAAUAUUACUUUUUGUAUUAUAUAUAUUUGUCUGAAAAUAAAUAAACAUUUAUAUCUA